CGGAAUGCCUAGCUCUCUCUAUCCAUGGAAAAAAUAAAAUAAAUAUCUAAAGAAAAGCUGCUAAAGAGACUGUGAGACAAAAACGACGAUAUUUUCCUCUUCCUCUCAUUAUUUUUGUUCUCGCCACCGAAACAACAGAAGUUGCAGACUUUAUCCGAAUUUAGGGUUUCAGCUCGUUCUCUCUUCUCCAAUUAUCAGAUCCACGAAACUCUACUUUUCGGAUCAGGUCUCAGCUUCUCUAUCGUUUGCCCCUCAGAUCAACAAAGUUUCAUGUCUGAACUUGAUUCCCAGGUCCCUACUGCCUUCGACCCGUUUGCUGAUGCGAAUGCUGAGGACUCAGGUGCAGGAACAAAGGAGUACGUUCAUAUUCGUGUCCAGCAGCGGAAUGGUAGGAAAAGCUUGACAACGGUCCAGGGGCUGAAGAAAGAGUACAGCUACACCAAGAUACUUAAGGACCUCAAGAAAGAAUUUUGCUGCAACGGAACUGUGGUUCAAGACUCAGAACUCGGACAGGUUAUUCAGCUUCAAGGCGAUCAGAGGAAGAACGUCUCCACGUUCCUAGUCCAGGCUGGGCUUGUGAAGAAAGAUAACAUCAAGAUCCAUGGUUUCUGAGCAGCUUCUGUUGCAUUUCCCGUAGGCCGUUUAAGUGGAUCAUUACUCUAUCGUGCAGUUACAAAACAUAUCUUCACCUUUCCCUUCGAUUACUUGUUACUUGUUUCUGUUUUAGCGUUGGAAUGAUACUAAGAGACCAUCAUCGUUUUCUUUCACAUGUUACUUCUGUAAUACGAGAUUGUUAAGCAUUCUCCAUUAACGUUUGACUCUACUCUCAGUAUAUCUUGUUACCAGGGUGGAUCACAACACUUAAACUAUUAUUCUUGUUAUGUGCCAAUUAAGACAAAAAACCAUCAGUUAAAAACACAGUAGUCGAAAUCGAAAGUCAAUAAAGUUGACCAGAGGCCU